AUGGAGCCCAACGUGCGCUUCUGGAUCACCGAACGCCAAUCUUUUAUUCAGAGAUUCGUUCAGUGGACAGAGUUAUUGGAUCCUACAAAUUUGGUCGUUUCAAUUGAAAAAAUAGAAAAAUCAAGGCAACUAUUGUUAACAAAUGAAGAUGCAUUCAUACAUGACUUGGAGGACCGAAGGGUACAAGAAGCUUGGAAGAGAAGUCUUUCAACAGUGCAUCCUGACAACAGCAAACUGAUCCCCGUUCCUUUUCGAGCAAUAAUGAUUUUUCUCUUGUUUUUCUAGUUACUCCCUCAUUUGCUCCAGAUGCGGCUGAAUAACAUGUUGUUGAAAAAAGCCCUUCCCAUCAUCAUUCUGACCCACAUCAGUGCCAUGAAUGUUGUUGCAGCCCGAAGCCUUGAGCCCAUUCGAGGGAUUGAAGUCAUGGACAAGGAAGGCAAUGUCAUGGGCUAUUCCAGAAAAGCCGGGACAAAGGCCGUUAAAGACACGGCGACGUCCAGAAUCGUGCUGUUCGGGACCUCCGCUUUUAUCCCUGAAGUCUUCUCCCACUUUUUCAUAAGGACCCAGUUUUUCCGGCAAUAUCCAUGGUCAUUAUGGACCUUCAAGCUGUCUUGUACUGUCUUAGUAAUGGGACUGAUGGUGCCAGUUUCUUUUAGUAUGUACCCACAAAUUGAACGGAUACAGUGCAAUAAGCUUGAAAAGGAAAUUCAGUCCGCAACAGAAGAAACGGAACUCUUCUAUAACAGAGGGGUAUAG